AUGGCGGAACAACGUAGUGUUCCAGGCGGCAACACAGCUGCGUCGAUGACCCCACCUGCCAGUGCCGACGGAGAGAAGAUGCAUUCUCAUAGUAUCAAUUCCUCCUCUACUUCACCUCGUCCUUCCAUCGAGGAUGACGGUACCUCUUCCAUUCUGGACGAUAUUCAACCAGACCAUUAUUAUGAGGGUGGGAGAAUCCCGGUCUUCAAGCCGACCAUGGACCAGUUUCGAGAUUUUCGGGCCUUCAUUAGCUGUAUUGAUAAAUAUGGCAUGAAGUCGGGAAUUGUCAAAGUGGUUCCUCCAAAGGAGUGGACGGAGUCACUUCCCGCCCUAGAUGAAGCCGUCAAGACUAUCCGUAUCAAGAACCCUAUCGUCCAAGAAUUCACGGGGUCUCACGGAACCUUCACUCAGGCAAAUAUUGAGAAACAGCGGUCAUAUAACCUUCCACAGUGGAAAGCCUUGUCUGAAGAAAUUAGCCACCAGCCUCCUGCCCGACGUGGAGAGAGGCGUUGGACUCAGGGAAAGGCUCGAGGUGCAGCCAAAGGACAGACUAAUAAGCCUGAAACCCAGAAACGCAAACCAGCUGCAAACAAGCGUAAGUCCAGUGAGGAACUUCCCGAACACCAGGAUGAUGGUGAAGGAUCCAAGCCUGAAAGCCCGCCCACCCCGGUGUCUCCAGUGUCCAAACCCGUCAAAGCUAAAUCCGAGGAAUUAAGUGAUGGGGAACCAUUACCAGCCCCCAAGCCAAAGGGCAGACAACCCAAGACUGUCUCUGCUCGUCGGAAAAAUAACCGGGAUGAGCAUGAUGACUAUAUUGAUGAAGAAGCUUUCAUCGAUUUUGACUAUCGUCUCUCCAGUAACGAAGAGUUCACCGCCGAAAGGUGUGAGGAACUCGAAACCGCUUAUUGGAAGUCUCUUAUGUAUAACAAUCCCAUGUACGGUGCUGAUAUGCCGGGUUCUUUGUUUGAUGACGCCGUAACUUCAUGGAAUGUUGCCAACCUGCCAAAUCUCCUGGAUGUUCUCGGCCAAAAAGUCCCUGGUGUGAAUACUGCUUAUGUCUACCUUGGCAUGUGGAAGGCCACUUUUGCUUGGCAUCUAGAAGAUGUUGAUCUUUACAGUAUUAACUACAUCCACUUUGGUGCUCCAAAGCAGUGGUACAGCAUCUCACAGGAAGACCUCCCACGUUUCGAGGCUGCGAUGCGGAGUAUCUGGCCAACGGAUUCGAAGAACUGCAGUCAGUUCUUACGCCACAAGACUUACCUGAUUUCCCCUACCGUCCUCAAGUCACAGUACGGCAUCACCGCGAAUAAGCUAGUUCAUUAUGAAGGCGAGUUCGUCAUCACCUUCCCGUAUGGUUAUCACUCUGGGUUCAACUUGGGAUACAACUGUGCAGAGUCAGUCAAUUUUGCCACGGAAAGUUGGCUUGAUUAUGCCCGUAUUGCCAAGAAAUGCCACUGUGAAACGGACACCGUCUGGAUCGAUGUUGAAGAAAUUGAACGAAAGCUACGGGGCGAGUCUACUCCUGAGUACUACGAUGAGAUUAGAAGUGAGCAGUAUGAAGGUGCCUCUGACCUUCUUACUCCCCCUCGGAGCGUCCCGGAAAAAUCUACAAGACCAAGGAAAAGGAAGGUUGAUGGCACAGAAUCUAAAUCCAAGCGUGCCAAGUUGCAUUUAGAUUACCCCAAGAAACCACCUUGUGUGCUGUGUCCAAAUAGUAUGGAUUACGAGGAACUUUUGCCCACUGAGGGCGGCCUAUCACAAGCCCAUAGACGCUGCGCCUUAUUCAUUGAAGAGACCUCCAUCCUCAAAGAUGACCUUGGCCGCGAAGUUGUCUGCGAUAUCGAUAAGAUCCCCAAAGCCCGUAUGGGGUUAAAAUGCUUGUUUUGCCGCGAGGUAAAAGGCGCUUGUUUCCAGUGUAUGUAUGGAAAAUGCGCCAGGGCAUAUCAUCCAACAUGUGCGUUACUUGCUGGUGUGCAGGUAGAAUUUGGCGAGACUUCAGUUGUUGCAGACGACGGCCAGGAGUACUCGGUUCCUGCCAUUGACCUAAAAUGCAAGUACCAUCGCCAGAAACGAUUUGGCUCCUUGCCGUCGCAGUCACUCGAUACGGACUCCAAAGUUAUGGAGACGGCUCUCAAACUGAAGCCAGGAGACUUGAUGCAAUUCCAGGCUGAUAAGGAGAUCAAUGGAGCCGUGGUGUUGGAGAACCGCCCAUCGGAGCGCUCAUUGAUGUUGAAAGUGCUUCCACGAGGUGACGUGAUCGAGCUUCCAUACCGGUGGACCUUAAUAGUUAAAAAGACAAACUUUCCCCCACUACCUCCAAACAUCCUACCACUCCCUGCCCAUCUCUCUCGAAAGCCCAGCCUGAGAAACGGUUCGGACUCCUCCAUGCCCUCUCAUGGAAUGGUAUUCGGUGAUACUUCCUCGGGUUACCGCUGGGAGGACUUUAUUUGCGAGCAACCCCCAUUUAAUCCGGACGCGUGUGCAGUUGAUCUGACAAAACCGGAGACACUAUGGUAUUAUAUGGGCAAGUCCUCCACGGACUGCCGUGCUCAGUAUACCCAUAAUGUGGAUAUUUCAAUUCAUAACCCUAGGUCUAAUUUCCUUGAGAGUGUAAGGACACUUAGAGCACCCACUGCUCCGGCUAAGGCACCCGGUCGUCCCCCUGUGUACAAUUCGAGCCCAGUUAUUUCCAGUGCGCCAUCCUUGCCCCGGCCACUUCUAGGAUCGACAACUACAACGGCGCCACCAGCGCCAGCCCAAACUGCAAGAGCAGCGUCUCCGGCAAAGUCCCAGGCUUCCAAUCCGCAGACUAAUGAUAGUCUUCCUGUGUGGAGCCCAAACGACAGUGCAAUGAAGUCCACUAUGGCCCGUAGACUUAUUGCCUCUAUUACUGAACAUGCCAAUGCAACUGCUGGAUAUACUAUUGUGAAUCCUGACUUUGUGGUGCAGACGCUUCUAGGAGAUGAUACUUCGCCAAUUCCGAAGAACGGCUUGGAAAAGCUCAGAACGUCCAUGUCCGAAUCACAGGUUCCUAUUCGAUCCGUAGAUGGAACGGUCUCCUACCAACCCUUGAACAUGGAGGCUGAUGACGUCGACCAUCUCAUUCGAAUGCUUCGUUUCGCCGUGAACAGCCUCACUAGCGUCGUUAAUGUACCGGAGAAACCCAAGGCCCCCGAGCAACAGCCAGUAGUAGCACAAGAGCCUGCAAAAAUCCUCCAGCCCCCACCACAAGAACCCGCCGCCCAAUCAAUCACCGGAAGGUGGACGUACCUGGAAAUACAACGGCGUCAAGCGCCACCGGUCUACUGCUCGCCAUAUGCACCCGGGUUUGGGUUUUCGGAAUAUGCCAAGGAAGAAUAUGGACUAGUAGGAACUCCGCAAUCAUCUCGAAAAGAGCCUUUAGCAGCGGACUAUUUUGCUAAGCUAUCUCCAGAAGACCAGGAAAAGAUAGUCCAGGCUUGUGGGCCGGUUCCCCCAGCCUCGGAAAGCUUCUCAACCCUGGAUGGCUCGAUAAUAGCAACUCAUGGCCCUGCAAACCAGAAUCUCCUAUUCCCUACGACAGAAACUACUGCGCCUAAUAUAUCCGCGGCCAUGAUCCCAGAUAGCCACCUCCAUCCACUAUCCGCGUUCGAUGUGGCCCUCCGCGCCGACUCUCCUGCUUCGAGUUUCAACCGUGUCCCACUCCACUACCAAUCUCCUCAGGAAUUCGGAAGCCACAUAGAUCACGAAUCCUCAUUGCUACCACGCCAUCUCCAUGACCACCAUGAUCUCUUCGGUGAUCAACAAGCAAACACACGGUUUUGGCAGAGGAGUGUGCCGUGGAAUGAUGUUGAUACUCAGUCCCAUGAUGAGGAGCAUAGGCCAUUUUUUGGUCCUCAUCUACGCCCACCAGGGCACGAGUACGCUUCAUCGGACAUGGAAUUUGGCAAGGGGCCUGGAUCACUUCAUUCAAUGGAUAUGGCUGGAUUUGGUUUCGAUGGGCCGGAUGAUCUCUUACCAGACCCUAGCCCAUAA